GCGUGGCUCGGGAACGCACACAGGGAGCUGCGGGGUGAGGAAAGACACGACAAUUAACGCAUGGGAAAAAGGCACAGAGAUCAGGAUCAAAAAUUCAACUAGGAUGCUGGAGACGAGCUUACGUACUCAAUGUCCCAAUGUGGGACCUUGUCGCCCAGGAUCAGCGCCACCUGUGAGCCGCUGUUAGCGCUUACUCACACCAACACACUCGAGAUGGCCGGAGAAAGUGUGCCAGCAGGUCUGGACCUGAAGGAGAAGGGCGAGGAGGAACUGUGGGAACUCAUUAAUGACAACCGGCACCGGAUCUCCUUGGGAGUGCGGCCGUGCAUUGUGAUCCCGUACCUCCGACAAGCCAGGGUCCUCACCGAGAUGGACGAGGACGAGAUUUUGUCCUCCCACAACCUUACCAACCGCUCCAUGAGAACAAGCCACAUGAUGGAUCUACUUCGAACGCAGGGUAGAAACGGUGCUGUGGCUUUACUGGAAAGCCUGAUGAUCCACUACCCGACCCUGUACACUCAAGUUACUGGACGCAAACCCAGCUCUGAACCGUCAAGAUUCAGUGGCCUGAUAAAGUAUUCAGAACUGACCGAGUACCUUAUCCGAGCCGUCACUGCGAUGCAGAAUGAGCUCCAGGAAACUCGCAGCGAAAACGGGAAAAUGAACGCUCGCUGUGCUUCCUUGGAGUCUGAGAUCCAGCUGGUUGUGGAGCGCGAGGAGAGCUCCAGCCGCCUCCAGGCUGAGUGUGAGCGCCUGCAGAGACACGCGAGCACGCUGCAACGGGAAGUCGCCAACCUCAAGGACGAGAAGUGCGACUUGUACAUGCGCUACACGGCGGCCAUCGAGGAGAAAUCGGCCAUGAACAUGCGCCUCCAUGACCUCAACCUGCAGACAUAUCAGCUUCAAACAGAACUGCAGAAGGCCGAGACGGAAAGAGACUUCCAAAAACGGCGCUCUCUUAGAUGCGUCUCUCAGGCUGAAGCCUCCCAACUUCAAGAAGAAGUGAGGACCCUACGCUUCCAGCUGAAAAAGAUAGAAAAAUUAAACCCGGUUCAACAGGCCAUUCUGCCCCGUGACGUAGCCGAGGCGAUUGACAGCCAGGCCGAGCUUGUGGAGAAGCUCAGGUGUUCCAGAGAAGAGAAUGAAAAGUUGCACAAAGAAAAACAAGAUCUUCUGGAUCAGAGUGAAAGUGUGACCGUCCAAGUGCAUCAGCUGACCCUGGACUGUAACAUGCACCAACAGAAGAGCACUGUGAUCCAGAACCAGAUGAGAGAGUUGCAAACCGAAAGAGACCAAGCAUUCCUCUCCCGAAACGAAGCACAGAUCCAGAUAGCCUCCAUUCUGGCUGAGAAGGACAGCCUGAGGUCUCAGAUAAUGGAGCUCAAGAAAGCUUUUAGCUUGCACGACAAAUGCAGCAAAGACCCUCAGAGCUCUGAUGUGAGUGGGAUUGCCUGUAAGUGUGACCACUCCUCGAUCCCGAACAGACGCAAGCUUUGUCGCAAGGACGCAGUCAAUCCUUCAUCGCCAAAUCGCUUUUCCUCAGAGUGUGACGAUUCAAUGGCCAGUAGUGUAGAACCUCCAAGUCCUCAGUCUCUACACGUAGGAAAGGGAGCUCUUCACGAAGAAAACAGCCUGGAAACAGUGGAGACUGAUGAUUUCUCAUUGGACGACUUUGUGAUUCUUCCCAAUGUGUUGAAUGAAGGCAAAGAAACAUCGACACCUUUUGUACCUGGAAGAACCAACUCCAUGUACAGCCUGGAUAAGAACUCCGUACCACCGUUCCUUGUUCGUUCCCGUCCAAAAGCUAUUCGCAUCAGUGGCCGAGUGGUCACCAUUUCCUUCAGGGGAGAUGCACUACCAAAUCAGAUUGUGGUGGCAGGAGGCAAUAAGACCGGAGUCUUUGUGCAUCAAGUCACAGAAGGGAGUGCCGCACAUACUGCGGGUGUCAGCCCUGGAGCACAAAUAGUGGAGGUGAAAUACCAACAGAACCAGAAAGCUAUAAGGGUGGUCCUGGAAGAUUCCACUUUAGAAGAAGCUAUGUGGGCUCUGGGCCAGGUCACAGACCUCUGCCACCUAUCUCUUCGGCCCAGACAAGAUGACUAUGAAGCUUUGCUGCAACAAUUGCAAAACGAUGAAAUGUCAUCGGGUGACUCCUUCUACGUGCGCGUCAACGUGACCAUCCCAGCAGGUCCAAAAGGGACCAUGGCCAUUUCCUGCAACGACAUUCUGCAUGUGACCAACACACGCCCUGCCAACACUGAUGACUCAUGGUACGCCAGUCAAGUUGACGCCUACAAGCUUCUGGCACACCAGAGUCAACUUGUACCCAACUACUACAGAGCGCAGCGACUGCUUAUUCGGGCUAUUGAAGAAAUGAACUUUCAAACCCGGAAGUCUGAGAAGGAAGGACAUGUUGUGGCCCAGAAUACACGGAAGGCAGUGAGAAUCGUGAGCACGUACCAGCAGGGCCGAAACCCUUUGUGGGUCAGCGUGGAAAAUGAAAAAACCAAAAGCACGGAAUUGGGUGAAACAUCUUCACCUAGAAGUUGCAUGACCCUGAUGCCCUAUACAUUGGUCACCCCCCACUUCCCUCCCGUAUGCAGACCAGUCCUGUUACUGCCCUCUAUUCUGGGACGCAUCCUGGACAAGAAGGUUGCAAGUUGGCAAGGCUUUGAGCUCUGUGAACCAGAGGUGUUGAGCCCGAGUGAUCACUCAGUCCGACUGCAGAAAUCCCAGGUUCUGGAGGAGUGUGGGCAGGGAAGAAACUGCUGUUAUACCCUGCAGAGUGUGCAGAAAGUCAUGAAGAAGGGUAUUCACUGUGUACUCCCACUUGGUCUGGACUGUGUGCGUCGUCUGCACAGGGCUGAGAUAUUCCCCAUCAUAAUCUUCUUUUGUCAGUCUACAUGCAGCGCACGCAAACUCAGGUUAAAGCUUCACCGGCACAGCCUGUCGGAGGAGCAGCUGCUGGUGUGUUCAAAGAGCGAAGAGCCGCUGUUGGACAAACUUCCGUGUUUGUAUCACAAAGUGGCCCCUGACUUGUGGUGUGGCCAGAAUUCACUGCUGACCAAGUUACGCAGUGUCAUCUCGGUGGAGCAGAGGAAGAUUGUUUGGGUGGAGCCUGACCUGUGGUAACAAGGAUUUAUUCAAUCACACACCCCGUUUCAAUAUGAGCUGGGAAAUUAUGUUAGAUGUAAAUAUAAACGGAAUACAAUGAUUUGCAAAUCCUUUUCAACCCAUAUUCGAUUGAAUGCACUACAAAGACAAGAUAUUUGAUGUUCUAACUCAUAUAUAUAUUUUUUUUAAUUUCAUGGCUGCAACACGUGCCAAAGUAGUUGGGAAAGGGCAUGUUCACCACUGUGUUACAUCACCUUACAACACUCAAUAAACGUUUGGGAACUGAAGAAACUAAUUGUUGAAACUUUGAAAGUGCAAUUCGUUGCCAUUCUUGUUUUAUGUAGAACUUCAGUCGUUCAACAGUCCGGGGUCUCCGCUGUCGUAUUUUACGCUUCAUAAUGCGCCAGACAGGGAGACAGGCGGGCCAGGAAAGAACCGGCACUCUUUAUUUACGAAGUUACACCGUUGUAACACGUGCUGAAUGUAGGCUUGGCAUUGUCUUGCUGAAAUAAGCAGGGGCGUCCAUGAAAAAGACAGCGCUUAGAUGGCAGCAUAUGUUGUUCCAAAACCUCUAUGUACCUUUCAGCAUUAAUGGUGCCUUGACAGAUGUGUAAGUUACCCAUGUCUUGGGCACUAAUGCAUCCCCAUACCAUCACAGAUGCUGGCUUUUGAACUUUGCGUCGAUAACAAUCUGGAUGGUUCGCUUCCCCUUUGGUCCGGAUGACACGAUGUCGAAUAUUACUUAAAACAACUUGAAAUGUGGACUUGUCAGACCACAAAACACUUUUCCACUUUGCAUCAGUCCACCUUAGAUGAUCUGGGGCCCAGAGAAGCAGGCAGCGUUUCUGGAUUUUGUUGAUAAAUGGCUUUCGCUUUUCAUAGUAGAGCUUUAACUUGCACUUACAGAUGUAGUGACGAACUGUAUUUAGUGACAGUGGUUUUCUGAAGUGUUCCUGAGCCCAUGUGGUGAUAUCCUUGAGAGAUUGAUGUCGGUUUUUGAUACAGUGCCGUCUGGAGUCAUUUCUCCAGAUUCUUUUGAUGAUAUUAUAGACCUUUUGAUGAUAUCAUAGACCGUAGAUGUUGAAAGCCCUAAUUUUUUUUGCAAUUUGCACUUUGAGAAACGUUGUUCUUAAACUGUUUGACUAUUUGCUCACGCAGUUGUGGACAAAGGUGUGUACCUCGCCCCAUCCUUUCUUGUGAAAGACUGAGCAUUUUCAUGGAAGCUGCUUUUAUACCCAAUCAUGGCACCCACCUGUUCCCAAUUAGCCUGCACACCUGUGGGAUGUUCCAAAUAAGCGUUUGAUGAGCAUUCCUCAACUUUAUCAGUAUAUAUUGCCACCUUUCCUAACUUCUUUGUCACGUGUUGCUGGCAUCAAAUUCUAAAGUUAAUGAUUAUUUGCAAAAAAAAAAAUGUUAAUAAGUUUGAACAUCAAAUAUGUUGUCUUUGUAGCAUAUUCAACUGAAUAUGGGUUGAAAAUGAUUGUAUUACGUUUAUAUUUACAUAUAACACAAUUUCCCAACUCAUACGGAAACAGGGUUCGUAUGUUUAUGCCUACUAUUCCCAAUAGUUGUAAACACGAGUAUGUAUCUAUGAUACUUCAAAAAAGAACAUUGUGAAAUAGAAAACACAAUGUGAUGUGCUCACGGUAUUUUGCUGACAUCUGCACAAUCUGACGAGAUCCAAUUAAAAAGAGUUUGUUUUGAA